UUUUAUUGUUCAUGCAAGUUUGCAAAGUUCUGCGUACAAUUAAAAAGAAUUGAUAUAGUGCUUAAAAUGUUUAAUAUUAGUGUUAAUUUUAGUGUGAAAUGUAUAUAUUUAGUGUUAAAUGUGUUUAUAAUAGUGUAUUAAAUAACACGUACGUGAUCUAAUUUCCAUUGGGGUCAUUUUAACAUAGCAAUUUAUGUUGCAGUCAAUAACAAGAGCUGCAAGGAAUAAAACCAUAAUUUUUCUGGAAAAAUGUUUAAUACUGAACAUUUUGAAAUGAAAUUUAAUUCUUUAAAUGGGACUAAAGGUUCAACAAUUGGGAAAUCUACAAUUGUGGCUCAUCGUUUAUCGGUGCAUUUUCAAAAUAUCUUAACACCAACAAAAAGUCCACAAAAAUAUUUGGAAGCUAUUAAUCAUCAUUUAGCGGUAUAUCGUGAAAUGUUAAUCAACAUAGGCCAGGAAAAAGAUUGUCCAGAGUUACGUGAAAAAAUACGUAAAUUAAGAUGUACAAUUCUAGAAGAAUGUCAAAUUACGGCACAACUUUUAAUACCUUUGGAUAAAUCUAACUCCAUUGAACUUAAUCACGAGUAUGAACUUAAUAAACAUUAUUUAGUAUUAUUAUUUCAAUUAUUGGAAUUGUUUUUACGUGAAUUAACUAAAAGUUAUCGUCUAAAUCAAGUUAUAACCAUGGAUAUGGAAGAAUAUUUUGAAAAUCGUGCUGGACCCUCUAAUCUAGGAAAUGUUAUCAGUGAACUUUUGUUAUGCAAAGAAAUCACUCCCGAUUUUAAUUUAGAAGAAUUAUCUAGCAUUAUACUGGAUACUAAAGAAAUAUCCUCAUUGUUAAAAGAAAUUGAAGAGUUUGUGCCACAAGAAUUCAAUUCUAACGUCGAUAUUCAUAAUGUUUGGCCCUUAAAACGUAAGCGUAAAUUAUUUUGUUGUGGUUCUCAAUCUAAUUACUAAAAAAAUCAUAA